AUGGAGCGAAAGAACGCACUUAGGACCGAGGGUAACAAGCUUGAUGAGCAUGAAGAUGAGAUUCUUCAGCUGUACAAAAACAAGAAGCUGGACGAUGUGAUCAAAGAAAUCAAUUCGAAGUACAAAAUUCAUGCCAGUAAGACUCAGUACCGAAAGCGGGUAGAGAAAUGGCAUGGGAAAAAGUAUGCUUCCAGAAAGGAUGUCCUGGCCUGGGAGCAAGCGGGACGCAAACUACGCGAUAGAGCACUUCACAACAAAGCCAGUAUUGUCAUUUGGAAUGGCAGCAUAAUCUCAGAUCCGGCGAUACAGCAGAGGGUUCAUCGCCAUACCGGGCCUCGACUAGCCGACAAGUUCACUAUCGGCGGGCGAGGUGAGGAUAAUCCCAAUGAAAGCACGAUAGUGGUCAUCUACUAA